UGUCAAACUCGCCGACCAGCGACUGUUUGCGUUCCUCAACUUCCGACAAGCGGAGAACGAUCUCUUUUCCGUCAAAUUGCACUACGGUGAACACAUUUGACCGAGAUGUCGGCCCACAAGACUUUCCGGAUUAAGCAGAAGCUGGCUAAAAAGCUGAAGCAAAACAGACCCAUUCCUCAGUGGAUCAGAAUGCGCACUGGAAACACGAUCCGCUAUAACGCCAAGCGCCGUCACUGGAGACGUACAAAGCUGAAGCUGUAAGCUUUCCCCGAUCGAUCGGAGAAGGUUGCCGCGGAUGCGAUUUUCUGUUUACCAUGGAGUGUGGAGAAUGUUUGCUUCCCGGCUUUGCCGCCGCCGCUGCUGUUCCGCCGACCCCACUCUGCCUUGCCUGGCGACACAUGAACAUUAUUACUAUUUUUUUUUUGGUCGGUAAGAAGGAAAACCGGUGUUGAGUGUUGGAAUUCGUCGUCUGAAACACGGAAUAAAGUGUGUGAAGUCUGGAAGUGGAGAUUCUACUAUGGAUAAACAA